GCGAGUUUGACAGAAGUGUGUCAAGUUCACACCGACCUGUCAUCAGAUGGUUCAGUCCGAGGAUGGCCGCUGCUGUCGGGGUAAAUAAACAGUCGAGCGCCGCGGCGAUGGACGCGUGUGUAAGACACGGCCGCGGUACAACUACCACCGCGGUGAAGGUGUUGGAGUGCGGCGUCUGCGAGGAUGUGUUUUCCCUGCAAGGCGACAAGGUGCCGCGUCUGCUGCUGUGUGGACACACGGUGUGUCACGACUGCUUGACCCGUCUGCCUCUUCACGGCAGGGCAGUGCGCUGCCCCUUUGACCGACAGGCCACAGAGCUGGGAGACUCGGGUGUGUGGGGCCUGAAGAAGAACUUUGCUCUGCUAGAAUUGCUUGAACGGCUGCAGAAUGGGGCCAGCAAUCAGUCCGGCAUGUCUGAGGAUGUGCUUCGAGAGAUGGGAGAGUGCAUUAUCCGCUGUGACGAGGAUGAGACUCACACUGCUUCCAUGUACUGCACUGUUUGUGCCACACAUCUGUGUGCUGAGUGCUCCCAGCUCACCCACUCCACCCGAACACUGGCCAAACACCGGCGUGUGCCGCUGGCAGACAAGCCCCAUGAGAAGAUGCUCUGUCCACAGCACCAGGUGCACGCCAUUGAGUUUGUCUGCCUGGAGGACGGCUGCCAGCCUGGGCCGCUCAUGUGCUGCGUGUGCAAGGAGUACGGGAAGCACCAAGGACAUAAGCAUGCUGUGCUGGAGGCUGAAGCCAACCAGAUCCGAGCAUCCAUCCUGGACAUGGCACACUGCAUCCGUUCAUUCACAGAGGAAGUGUCAGAGUACUCCAGGAAACUGGUGGGCAUCGUGCAGCAGAUUGAAGGAGGAGAGCAGAUCGUGGAGGACAGCAUUGGCAUGGCUCACACUGAACAUGUUCCAGGAACAGCAGAAAGCGCCCGGUCUUGCGUGCGUGCCUAUUUUGCAGAUCUCCACGAGACGCUGUGUCGUCAAGAGGAGAUGGCUCUGAGCGUGGUGGACGCACACGUCCGAGAGAGACUGAUCUGGCUUCGACAGCAGCAGGAGGACAUGACCAUACUGCUGUCCCAGGUGUCCACUGCCUGUCUGCACUGCGAGAAAACACUGCAGCAGGAUGACUGCAGGGUCAUUUUGGCGAAACAGGAGAUCAACCGACUACUAGAAACACUGCAGAAACAGCAGCAGCAGUUUACAGAGCUGGCCGACCACAUUCAGCUGGAUGCAGGCAUCCCUGUUACUUUCACUAAGGACAACCGUGUGCACAUUGGUCCAAAAAUGGAGAUCCGAGUUGUGACUUUGGGAUUAGAUGCAGCUGGCAAAACUACUAUUCUCUUCAAACUGAAGCAAGAUGAGUUUAUGCAGCCCAUACCGACUAUAGGAUUUAAUGUAGAAACUGUUGAAUACAAAAACCUGAAAUUCACCAUUUGGGAUGUGGGUGGCAAGCAUAAACUCCGUCCUCUGUGGAAACACUACUAUCUGAACACACAAGCGGUGGUGUUUGUGAUUGACAGCUGUCACAGAGACCGGCUGAUGGAGUCUCACAGUGAACUGGCCAAACUGCUGACAGAGAAAGAGCUCAGAGAUGCUCUGCUGCUCAUCUUCGCCAACAAACAGGACGUUCCCGGCGCAGUGUCUGUGGAGGAGAUGACGGAGCUCCUGAGUUUACACAAACUGUGCUGUGGCCGCAGCUGGCACAUCCAGGGCUGUGACGCCCGCAGCGGCAUGGGUCUACACGAGGGGUUAGACUGGCUCUCACGCCAGCUGGUGGCCGCAGGAGUUCUGGAUGUGGCCUGAGGGACGCUUAACCACACUUAAUUGACUUAAAACUCAAGCUGGUCCAUGCCAUUUGCAGUCACCCUGCUCAUGUUUACCCACACUACCACGUCAUACCAUCAUACAUUAGUAGACUCGCUGCUGUGUGUGUUCGUGGUAUGCUCAAUGGUGUACAUACGUGGAGCUUAUAUAGGAGUGAUUUAAGCGAGGAUUCCAGGUUAAAUACAAGGCAACAUGCAGUGGCAGAUGUUGUUGCUUUGGUUGUCCCAUAGACCUCUACUGUACAUGUUUUACAGUAAAAAAGAUUUUUGUUGGUUUUUACAAAAUCCCAAAACAUUCACAGAUGAUGUUCAUACAUGUAUAUUUAACCUGAACUGUUGCUUUAAAAAAAGGUUAACGAACAUUACUAAACUUACUGUCCCUUCUGUCAAAAUAAGUCAAAUUUGUU